ACUUGUUAAGAAAGAAUAUAUAUAUAUAUAUAUAAAGGAAGUUUGAUGCAUAGCCAUAGUAUCAGUAUGUUUGCCUUUUCCUUCAAGUAAAACCAAUUUGACGUAGUGGGUUGAGUUAUUAACCUUUGCUGCAUCACUAAUGCUCGUCAAAGAAUCUUACCCUUUUUUAAUUGGAGUUCCGAGUUUUACUUGUAUAAACCCAUUCGGUGAUCCACCGUUUCGUAGGAGGAAGAAAACGAUCAUGAACUCUAGCAAGCACAUUCAUGUAAUUGGGUGUUUAGUUCUGGGAUUGGUUAGUGGAGUCUGGGGUGGUAAUUAUGGCUCUGAAACUUGCUGGUUUCCGGCAAUUUACAACUUUGGGGACUCAAAUUCCGACACUGGAGCCGGAUCUGCAGCAUUUACGGCGGUUCAUCCUCCUAAUGGCGAAAGCUUCUUCGGAAGUCUAUCAGGAAGGGCUUGCGAUGGUCGACUUAUUCUGGAUUUUCUUACUGAAGAACUGAAGCUGCCAUACUUGAGUGCGUAUUUGAACUCACUUGGGUCAAAUUACCGGCACGGUGCUAACUUUGCAGUAGGAGGUUCAUCGAUUCGUCCUGGAGGAUAUAGUCCAUUUGAUUUGGGGCUUCAGAUAUCUCAAUUCAAGCAAUUCAAGUAUCGCACCAAUGUUCUGUACAAUCAACUUUCAGGCAACAGGACAGAACUUUUUCAAAGCAGUCUUCCAAGACCUGACGAAUUCUCUAAAGCCCUAUACACCUUUGAUAUUGGACAAAACGAUCUUAGCUAUGGUUUUCAACACACUUCAGAGGAGCAAGUUCGAUCAUCAAUUCCUAAUAUCUUAGAAAUCUUCAACCAGGCAGUGCAGCAAUUGUACAAUGAAGGGGCUAGAAUCUUCUGGAUACACAACACAGGCCCAAUUGGGUGCUUGCCUUACAGUUACAUAUAUUACAAGUCAAAGCAGGGUAACCUGGAUGCGAAUGGGUGUGUCAAACCCCAUAAUGAGAUCGCUCAGGAAUAUAACAGACAGCUUAAGGAACAAGUGCUUGUGCUGAAGAGAAAUCUCCCUCUCGCCAAAUUUACAUACAUUGAUGUGUAUUCAGCCAAGUACCAACUAAUCAGCGAUGCCAAGAAACAAGGUUUUGUGAGUCCAUUGUUGUUCUGUUGUGGAAGUUAUUAUGGCUACCACGUUAACUGUGGGACGCAAGUCACAGUAAAUGGAACUGUUUAUGGGAAUCCUUGCAAGAAUCCAUCUCAACAUGUUAGCUGGGACGGCAUACACUACUCUCAAGCAGCAAACCUCUGGGUUUCUAAACGAAUACUCAGUGGUUCCUUCUCUGACCCUCCAGUACCAAUCCAGAAGGCGUGCUUCUGACUCUCACUAUAAUUCAAGCCAAGAGCAUUAUAUAUUAUUCUACAAACCAGGAGUUGAGAGUUGCAGGAGUUUGAAAAAUUCACAACUUCAAGCAGGAACAUGUUGUUAUUUAUGUUCUUUUAAGAAAAGCCGAUGUAAUUUUGGAUUGAAAAGAUCGUGUCACUGUCUCCUUCUUAUGGCACAGAUGAAAGAUAUACAUACAUACAUACAUACAUAUAUAUUUCUUUCUUCAA